AUGGCACUCCCAACUAUCCUCCACCUCUUCUCCCCAUUCAAAAACCCGGCGCCCUACCACCUCCUAACCUACAGCACCCUCCUCGGCACCUCCCUCUACCAAGCCUUUAUAUUGACAAAAGUCUGCUACAAAGCCCUCUCACCAUCCUCUUUCACUACUCUCCAAAAGCGAGUAUUCCCAGCAUACUUCAUACUACAAACACUCCUCUUACUUCUCACAACUGUCACGUUCCCACCAUCUGGCCCAGUAUCGCUUAUCCAUGAGAAGGGGGAUGGGAUACCCCUUGGAAUCGUAAGUCUGAUGGCGAUACUGAAUUUAUUUAUUUAUGGACCGAGGACGGGGAGGACGAUGGUGGAGAGGAUUCAUCAGGGUAUGUUGAGUGGUGGUUCGAGAGUUUAGACGUUUACUGACUUAGUGGUUGAUUUAGAAACAAGGGAUGGGAGGAAGUUUAAUGAGGUGAAUGUUAGUGUAGAGAUGCAGGCAAAGAAGAAGGCUUCUCCUAGAGCCCAUGCUAUGUGUAUUCAUUUGAAUUUGUUGGCGGUUUUGGCUACAGGUUGGUAUGGAGUGCGAUUGGCUUCGAGAUUGGAUUUUCAAUGA